AUGGACAAUUUCUUGAUUUAUGAAGAAAUUUACAAACGUGAUGCAUGUAUUGUUUACCGCGGUCGAAUCAAACGUUCGAUUGAUUUUGUCAUGAUUUAUUGCGUUGAAAAACACAAACGGCACGAACUCAGCAAUCUUGUUCGAUUGAUGUAUGAACUUGAUCAUCCGAAUAUAAUGAAAUUUCGAGAAUGGUAUGAAACAACAAAUCAUCUUUGGCUCGUCAUGGAUCUAUGUGAUGGUGGAUCACUGAAAUCUAUUGUUCAAGCCGAUGGUGCUUUACCAGAAACAUCCAUACGUACGAUUGGUGCAAAUAUUUGUCAAGGUUUAUACCAUCUUCAUCAACAAGAUAUCCUCUUUUGUGAUUUGAAUCCUGAUAAAAUUGUUUCUGACGGUUCGAAUAUGUUUAAAUUGGCAAAUAUGACUCUCUCACGAAUGAAAGGAGAGAAUUUGCAAAUGAUUUUCGAUGAAACUUAUGAUAAUUAUCUUGACGAUGUUUACCGAGGAAAGGAACGACCAAAAGCUCAAGCUGACGCUGCCUUCUAUACUGCACCGGAAGUUCUUCGUGGUGGAGAAUAUUCGAUCAGUUCUGAUCUAUGGUCACUUGGUUGUGUCUUCUACGAAAUGUGUGCAGGACGACAAUUAUACGACGAGAAAAAUUCCACUAAAUUAACACAAAAGAUUCUCAAUGAUCGAAUUGUUUUACCUACAACGAAGGGCUCAGCAAAAUUAUCCAUUGAGUUUACCAGUUUAUUGCAAGGUUUGCUGGUCAAAGAACCAGCGAAAAGAUUGGAUUGGCCUGCAGUAUUGACUCAUCCGUUUUGGGCCGGUCAAUUGAGUCAUCUGGUUCGACCGCAAACAGGUGUAACUAAGAAAAGUGUUAACCGAACUGAAAAUCAUGAUCGCGCGUCGGUUAAUUCUCGGGUAGCAACUACUGAUCGACCCGAAUGCAAUGUAUCAUUUAGUUUAAGUUGUACGAAAACAUCUGUUCAAAUAGCGCAACCGAACAAAACCGAUGAAACUACGAGUAGCAAAUCGCGUCUCAACGAUCAUUCUUCGAUAAGUACACAUGAACAAUCGACCGCAUCUGGUAGCGAAAGCGUCGAACGUGUUCGAAAAAUGCUUUUCUCCAAAGCUGAAUUACAACCGACACCUAUUGUCGAAAAUCAGAAGAUCCAAAAGACAUUAGCAUUUAAAUAUGAAAGCAAACUGCUCCCGUUUCAAUUAGGCAAAUAUGAGAAUUUGAGUCGACUUUCGUCUGUUGAUAUGCAAGAGCACGCCAAUAUGAUUAAAAAGGAACUGUCAAUGACAUCAGCCGGGUCUCCAACAAAUCAAAAUGGCAUGCGUGUGAAAUCCAAUUUAUUAAAUUAUAUUGGUUCUACUUGCCUGGAACAGGCCAACUCGAAUGUGUUUGCCGAUGUUCUUAUCAGCAAAGAUGUAUACAAAGAUCUCUUGAAUCUAAUUACAAAUGGUGGUUCAAUGGAAAUGUAA